CGCUCCCCUUUGCACUACACUCGUCCUCCAAGACCAUUGAUUGCCUCCAGUCGACCGUCUACGCCCAAGAUGGCUGCGAAUGCCAGCGCUCCGUCGUCUUCCUCGAAGACAGCGCACACAACGGACACUUUCCGUCCUCUUUUGAAGCAGCUCAUCCUCUCACAGCCCCUUCCGAUACCCAACAUCUCCUCCUCUUCCUCAUCCACUGCCCGGCCCCUCGCUCCAGCCCUCUCCUCUUCCGAGCUGGACAGCCUCUUUGACCACCUCUCCGACCCGGCUUUCACCUCAAAUCCAGCUCAUCAUGCGCAGCUCGGUGCCUGUCUCACCGGUCUGCGGCUAGGAGGGGUAGAUGCACAAGCGGAAACACUAGCGAUUGCCAGCCAGCGCUUCUUGGGAAAGUGCAUCGAGGUAGACUCGACUGAUGAGGAGAGCUGGAGGUUAAGAAGAGAAGAGCUGCAGAGAAGAUUGAGAGAGGAGGGAGGAUGGGAGGAGAGUGGACUGCUGAGCGAAGCGUAUAAAGGGACGGUUGAUCUGGUUGGGACUGGAGGAGAUGGGCAGGACACCUUCAAUGUGUCUACCACGGCUGCUAUCGUCGCUAGCGGUGUACCGGGCGUGAGAGUUUGCAAGCACGGCGCAAAAGCCUCCUCCUCUACCUCGGGAUCAGCAGACUUGCUCCUCUCCCUCGGCAUCCCGCUUCUCUCCCUCACACCCAGCAUCAUCUCCACUCUUCUUCCCACUUCCUCCUUUGUCUUCCUCUUCGCCCAGCUUUUCCACCCAGCUCUUGCGCCUCUGGGGCCUAUCAGGCGAGCCCUCGGACAUCCCACAAUCUUCAAUGUCCUUGGCCCGCUAAUCAAUCCGGCCCGCCCGGCGAGGUGUAUCCUGGGAGUGCAUUCUCCAUACUUGGGUGAGAUCUUUGCCGAGGCACUCAAGAGGAGAGGUUGUGAGAGGGCGUGGAUCGUUUGCGGCAAGGAGGGACUAGAUGAGAUUAGCAUAGAGGGCGAGACGGACGUCUGGGAGCUCGACGCAGGCACUAUCAAGCAUUUUGUCGUCUCGCCCCUCGAGUCAUUUGGCAUCCCUGCCCACCCGCUCAAAUCCGUCGCCUCGUACACCUCGGCAGAAAACGCAGCCGUUGUCCUGCACAUGGUCCAGCCAGGGCAAGAAGCCUCAGUAAGCGCCUCCACUGCGCCUCUUAGCGAACCUCUGGCCGUGCAACUGGCUUCGGCCUCAGCAGGGGAUGAAGUCACUCGCGCCCUCCUCUCAGGAUCGCAGUCCCUCCCUGCCAUCCCGGCAGGAGCAGACAUAAGAGCCCUCAUGGACUACACGCUUCUGCAGGCCUCGGCACUCCUCUACGUCGGCGGGUAUGCCCACUCCCUCAAGGACGCCGUAGCCCUUGCGCGCAAGUCUCUGAACGGAGGAGGAGCCCUGCGCUCGCUCGAGGCGUUUAGGAGAGAGGCGACGAAAGAGGUGCAAAUGGCAGCGGCGGCGGUGAAUUCUGCAUAGGAGUAGGAGUGGCAGGAGAGAAGGAGGGCGGACAGAGGGCGUUGGUUGAGGAGAUUUUUGGGGUAGCGUGGAGAAGGAUCAGGUACAGGAAGGGGCCUUCUGAGUCGACGGGCUUUGGGCUGGACGAAGUGCUCAGAUAAUGGCGGGAAAGGGACAAAAGUACUUAGACGACAGUAGAGAGUAAAUGCAAUGCACGCAAUUGGCAUUUGUCGAGUCUGAUAUAUACGAAUCCACAUCUCGCUUUUCCCCAUCCCCUCUCAAGAGCGGAAGAAUUGCGCCGCAUCGUGUAAUCGAUCGAAUACGACGGUGAGGUAGCUACU